AUGGUUCACAUAUUCGACGUCGGUACCCGGGCAUGGCAGCCGGACCCGACAGAAGGAUGGGUAGGCUCUGAGCUUGUUGAGAAGUUGGUGGAUGGGGACAAAGUCGUUCUGGUCUUUUCCCUGGAAAACGGAGAGACCAAGACAAUCGAAACGACAGAAGCUGAAUUGCAACUUGACAACAAUGGAUCCCUUCCACCGCUAAUGAAUCCAUCCAUGUUGGAGGCCAGUGAGGACCUGACGAAUCUAUCCCAUUUGAACGAACCAGCUGUGCUACAAGCCAUCAAGCUCCGAUAUGCUCAAAAGGAAAUAUAUACAUACAGCGGUAUUGUUCUCAUCGCAACGAAUCCGUUUGCUCGGGUCGAUUCGCUCUACGUCCCGCAGAUGGUUCAGGUAUAUGCCGGGAAACAGCGGGCCACACAAGCUCCUCAUCUUUUUGCUAUUGCUGAGGAAGCAUUCUCUGAUAUGUUGAGAGACGGCCGAAAUCAAACGAUCGUUGUGUCCGGCGAAUCCGGAGCAGGAAAGACUGUGAGUGCGAAAUAUAUCAUGAGAUAUUUUGCCACGAGAGGGACUCCCAACCAGGGAUCAUACAAUGCGGGAAGGGCGGAUUCAAUUAGUGAGACAGAGGAGCAAAUUUUGGCAACAAAUCCGGUCAUGGAGGCGUUCGGAAAUGCAAAGACUACACGUAACGACAAUUCUUCCCGAUUCGGAAAAUACAUUGAGAUUAUGUUUGACGACAAGACAAAUAUUAUUGGCGCGAAAAUAAGAACAUAUCUCCUUGAGCGUUCAAGACUUGUCUUCCAACCUCUGAAAGAGAGAAAUUACCAUAUUUUCUACCAACUAGUUGUUGGAGCUACGGACUCGGAACGGCAAGAGUUGGGCCUCUUGCCCAUUGAAGAAUUCGAGUAUCUGAAUCAAGGAGGUGCUCCAAUGAUUGAUGGGGUUGACGAUAAAGCCGAAUUUGACGCCACAAGGAAAUCACUUACGACAAUAGGUGUAGCAAAGGAGACCCAGACUGAUAUAUUCCGCAUCCUAGCUGCUCUCCUACACCUAGGAAAUGUUAAAAUUCAGGCCACUCGAAGUGAUUCUUCUCUUUCUUCCACGGAACCGUCUCUUGUGCGCGCAUGCGAGAUGCUGGGUAUAGAAGCGGGCGAGUUCUCAAAAUGGAUUGUGAAAAAGCAACUUAUCACUCGCGGCGAGAAAAUUACAUCGAAUCUUACCCAGCAACAGGCUGUAGUUGUCCGAGAUUCCGUUGCGAAAUUCAUUUACUCAAGCUUGUUCGAUUGGUUAGUGGAAACCAUUAACCGCGGGCUAGCUACGGAAGAUGUGUUAAACAGGGUAAAUUCCUUCAUUGGAGUUCUAGAUAUUUAUGGUUUCGAACAUUUCGCCAAAAACUCCUUCGAACAAUUUUGCAUCAAUUAUGCCAACGAGAAGUUGCAGCAAGAAUUCAACCAGCAUGUGUUCAAACUCGAGCAGGAGGAGUAUGUCAGGGAAGAAAUCGAUUGGAAAUUUAUUGAUUUCUCAGACAAUCAACCAUGCAUUGAUCUUAUUGAAGGAAAGCUCGGAGUCCUAUCCUUGCUGGAUGAAGAGUCUCGGUUACCAAUGGGCUCUGAUGAUCAAUUCGUUACAAAGUUGCAUCACCACUUUGGGUCAAAUAAACAAAAGUUCUACAAGAAACCUCGAUUCGGAAAGUCUGCCUUCACUGUGUGCCAUUACGCUGUCGAUGUCACGUAUGAAUCUGAUGGAUUUAUUGAAAAGAACAGGGACACUGUUCCGGAUGAGCAUAUGGAAAUACUCCGUAAAUCCUCCAACGGCUUUGUCAAAGCCGUUCUCGAAGCAGCCUCCGCUGUACGUGAGAAGGACUCCGCGGCAGUGUCCUCACGUCCAGUUGCAGCACCAGGGCGGAAGAUCGGUGUUGCAGUCAAUCGCAAACCUACGCUUGGCGGCAUUUUCAAGUCAUCUUUGAUUGAGCUUAUGAACACCAUCAACUCGACUGAUGUUCAUUAUAUUCGCUGUAUAAAACCUAAUGAGGGCAAGGAAGCGUGGAAGUUUGAAGGGCCCAUGGUUCUUAGUCAGUUGAGGGCGUGUGGUGUACUUGAAACGGUUAGGAUAAGCUGCGCUGGCUACCCGACCCGCUGGACAUACGAAGAAUUUGCUCUCCGGUACUACAUGCUCUGCCACUCUUCUCAAUGGACGUCUGAGAUUCGUGACAUGGGUCAUGCAAUUUUACGAAAAGCUCUUGGCGAUGCCAGCCAUCAGCAAGAUAAAUACCAGCUCGGCUUGACAAAGAUCUUUUUCCGAGCAGGCAUGCUUGCUUUCCUUGAGAAUCUCCGCACUUCACGGUUGAACGAAUGUGCAACAAUGAUUCAGAAGAACUUGAAAUGCAAGUACUAUCGCCGCAGAUACCUUGAGGCUCGCGAGUCUAUCCUUACUACACAAAGCGUGAUCAGGGGGUUCUUGGCGAGACAGCGCGCCGAGGAGAUUCGUUGUAUUAAAGCCGCCACAACAAUUCAAAGAGUUUGGCGUGGUCAGAAGGAGCGAAAGCAUUAUGUCAGUAUUCGGAACAAUAUCGUUCUUUUCGAAUCCGUUGCGAAAGGCUACCUUUGCCGGCGCAACAUCAUGGAUACCAUCCUUGGAAAUGCAGCCAAGACCAUUCAGCGUGCAUUCCGGUCCUGGCGUUCAAUCCGUGCUUGGAGACAAUACCGCAAGAAAGUCAUUAUUAUUCAGAAUCUUUACAGAGGAAGAAAGGCACGGCUUCAGUACAAGAAGUUGCGUGAAGAGGCAAGGGAUCUUAAACAAAUCUCUUAUAAACUAGAAAACAAGGUCGUUGAACUUACUCAAUCCCUUGGGACUCUUAAGCGAGAGAACAAAACUCUUACAACACAACUCGAGAAUUAUGACAGCCAGCUCAAAUCCUGGAGAAGUCGACACAAUGCACUGGAAGCUCGCAGCCGAGAGCUACAAGCCGAGGCGAACCAAGCUGGUAUUGCCGCUGCACAGUUGACUGCCUUGGAAGAAGACAUGAAUAAAUUGCAACACAACCAUGCCGAGGCAUUGGCCACCGUCAAGCGACUACAGGAAGAAGAAAAGGUGUCGCGCGAAUCUCUCAAGGUGGCAACUGCCGAGCUUGAAAAACUGAGACAAGCCAAUGCUGACCACGAAGUCGAGAAAGAAUCCCUUCGCCAGUUAAUCACUGAAUUACAAGAUGAAUUAGAGCUUGCUAAGAGGGCUGUACCUGUCAAUGGGGUUAGUGGAGAUCUUCAGAACGGGGUCACCUCUCAACCUGGUAUUACUGGGUUAAUCAAUCUGGUUUCAUCCAAGAAGCCCAAGCCGAAGAGACGGAGUGCUGGCACGGAGAAGAUAGACGUCGAUCGGUUCAGCGGUGCUUAUAACCCACGGCCAGUAUCGAUGGCUGUGCCUAGCGCUGGCCGCCGUUCCAAUCUAUCUGGUUCUACUUUUGCUCCAGGAGUGGACUCUAUUGAAAUGGAACUGGAGACGCUGUUAUCUGAAGAAGACGAGCUCAACGACGAAGUUACGAUUGGUCUUAUCCGCAACCUUAAAAUUCCUCUUCCUGGCUCUACUCCACCACCAACCGAGAAAGAGGUUCUUUUCCCAUCAUACCUUAUUAAUCUUGUUACGUCCGAGAUGUGGAAUAAUGGCUUUGUCAAGGAAUCCGAACGCUUCCUUGCUAAUGUAAUGCAAUCUAUUCAGCAAGACGUCCUGCAGCAUGAAGGUGAAGAUGCAAUUAACCCUGGCGCGUUCUGGCUUUCCAACGUUCACGAGAUGCUAUCCUUUGUUUUCCUGGCUGAGGAUUGGUAUGCGGCUCAGAAAACCGAUAGCUACGAAUACGAUCGUCUUUUGGAAAUUGUGAAACAUGAUCUAGAGAGCUUGGAAUUCAAUAUAUACCACACUUGGAUGAAAGUUUUGAAACAAAAACUUUACAAGAUGGUUGUCCCCGCAAUUAUCGAGUCGCAAUCACUUCCAGGAUUCGUUACCAAUGAAACUAACCGCUUCCUCGGGAAACUCCUCCCAUCUAACACCCCUGCUUACAGUAUGGACAAUCUCUUGAGCCUUCUUAACAAUGUAUACAAGGCGAUGAAGGCGUACUAUCUUGAGGACUCGAUCAUCUUGCAAACAGUCAAUGAGCUACUCCGUCUUGUCGGCGUCACGGCAUUCAACGAUCUCCUAAUGAGAAGAAAUUUCUUGUCCUGGAAGCGUGGUCUACAGAUCAAUUACAAUAUCACUCGGAUUGAGGAAUGGUGCAAGAGCCAUGACAUGCCGGAAGGAACCCUGCAGCUCGAACACCUCAUGCAAGCGACGAAAUUGCUUCAGCUCAAGAAGGCAACUCUCAACGAUAUCGAGAUCAUUCAAGAUAUUUGCUGGAUGCUCUCGCCAAAUCAAAUUCAAAAGCUCCUCAACCAGUACCUGGUCGCCGACUACGAACAGCCUAUUAACGGCGAAAUCAUGAAAGCUGUUGCCUCUCGCGUCACUGAAAAGAGUGAUGUCCUCCUCUUAACCGCUGUUGACAUAGAAGAUAGCGGGCCCUAUGAAAUCGCCGAGCCACGCUCAAUUAAUGCUUUGGAAACAUAUACCCCAUCAUGGCUCCAAACACCCCGUCUAAAACGCCUUGCAGAGAUUGUCUCCAUACAAGCAAUGGCACAGCAAGAGAAGCUUGACAUGGCUGAUGGCCCCGACGCCCCCAGCGAUUCCUCAUAAAUAAAAUAGCGACGCAUUUCAUCUUCAUUUCCCCCGCGUGCCCAAUUGCUCAUCCCUUGUGUGUAUCUAUCCUUAAUAGUAUUUGGGAGCCCGCCUCGAUUAUGGUGAUUUAAUUGUAUCCAUCUACUCUCCCAAAUUCGGCGUCUGAGUCGCUGCCCGCUCUAUAGACCUUGGAUGAGUGGAAGCGAUUUUCAAAGACCGCUCCCUCCGUCCGUUGCUCAUUGAAUAUUAUUUAUCUUUCUUGCUUCGCCGUUCGGCCUCUCACCGCGCCUUUUGACAAACCCGAUGUUUCUCGUUUUUCCCUCAUUUAAAUUCUACUUGGUUUUGUUUUGUUUGCUAUGAGGAAUUUGUCUACAUCCAUUUCCUUUUUCAAUUCCGCAAAACUCAAUCGAAACCCCACCGUUCUCCUGUACCCCAAUGUAAUUCUUACUCCGCUUGUGUUAUGGUCUCCUGCUAUUGUUGUUGCUAUAAGUCUUCCCUGGUGUCCUACACACAAAUUAACAACAAACUCCCACCCGUCUUCCCCAACAAUGCGCUAGAAGAUAUACUCUCUCAACUGGACUCCAUAUAUAAUUUUGCUAGCGAUGUUUCGCAUUAUUUUCUAAGAAAUUCUUUGAUUUGAUGUGGUUGAGGUAAAACUAAUUUUGCCAGUUUUUUUUGGGUGCUUUGGAGU